CUUUUUCAAAUCAUUUUACCUUAGAGAUUUACAUUGGCAUAAGAUUGAAUUAAAGUCACGGUUUGUCACCAGUUUUCAAAAUUUAUAGUGAUUUUUGGGAUCCCUAGUGGACUGAAGCGUUUAACAAUGGCCGACAAUAAUUCAGCAUCAGAGAGCGAAAAUAUAAUUCCUGUCUUUCUAAGUAAUUUCGAUGAAAAGGAGCAGGUGCGUCAACUCAGCUUAUACCUUCACAACCUGCAAGACCGUUUGCGGCAGGGCAUUCAGGAGCACCAGAAGGUAAUGCAGUCGUCGGUGCAGUUGCUCAAGGAGGUGGGCGAUGUGAACGACAUGAUGCAGCUCGCGAGGUGUGGCCACCGCGCCGGGGCCUCCAAGAUACAGCGACUGAUCGUGGGUUUCGAGACGGUUAAUGCUGUGAACGCCCCGCAAACCUCCGCCGUGGCGGGCAUGAGUUUGCCUUCUGACCUCACCGAGAUUCAAGGUCUAUUGGUGGAAUUUGAGCACCUCAAUGAAAGCCAAGUUCUGCGGGAGAGCCAGGAGAACUUCAAACGUGCCCGAGACUCACUGGAGAAGGUUCUCGGCUUUCUAGAGAAGAUUGGCAGCGAAUCUUCACGGCCGUCUCCACAAGGAAGUCAGCUCUUUGGGUGUCCCAGUGCCAGCCGCAGCCUGCGCGAGAAGAUCGAAGCAUUCAACAAGGUCUUAGAGGCGGCCCCCGAGAAACUUGGGGAUACCUGCCGUCAUUUUAAGGAGUGCUUUUGUAGCUGCUGCACCUUGGACGAGUCCUUCCUGUCUAAAGGGCACAAUCCCCUUCCCGUUGCCUCGAAAACAAAUUCGGGCUACGAGGGGGACAUAGACAGCGAGGUAGAGCAGCCGGAGCGGUCCAAUAACGAAUCGGGGGCGGAUAUAAGGGCCGAUCGGUAAAAAAUUGAUAUUGGUAAAGAGCAAGCUUUAAACACAAUUAAUACAAAUUAGUUGCAUUUAGGAGUAUCUUUUCAAUGCCUAGUAAGAAUUUAAAGGACGAUUAUAGAAAAAAUAAAUUUUAGUUGGUAUAAGAAAGAUGUAAAUCCGUCAAAACUACAUAUUAAACUUUAAAUAAUAUACAGGCAAAGGCACUAUAAUAAUACCUCUUCAAAUUAAUAUUUAAAUAC